CGUGUAUUUUUCGAGGUUAUGUCGUCAUCCUGACCUCGAAAAAAUCCGACAGAGAGCGCAAUUGCAGCGCUUAGUUGUUUGGUUUGAACGGUUAUGUCGGUUAUUAUCAGAUUAUCUCUUACCGGCUAAUGAUGCAAAUAAUAAUAAUUGCAGCAAAUUUCCGAUAAUUGAAAUUUAAGUAUUUCUAUUUAGUGGAAGUGGUGGCAUUUUUUAUAAAGCCAAAAUGGGUGGCCACAGGUGUCUCGUACCAAAUUGUAAAUCAGGGUACGACCCCAAUAAAGAAAAAACUCAUCAUUUUUCUGUUCCGUACAAAGAAACAGAUCUUUUAUUACAAUGGGAAAGAGCAAUUCCGAGAAAGGAUUAUGUCUUAAAAGCUGGCAUGGUAGUGUGUCAUAAACAUUUUCUUUCUGAGGAUAUAGUUUGGAGACGCGAAGUGUUGGAUCCCGAUGGAAAUGUUAUGGCAUCGGAGGACUUGAAAAGACCAUAUUUAAGAAAAGGUGCCAUACCAUCGCAGUUCCCUAAUUGUCCGGCUUAUUUAUCCAAGGCAAAAAGAAAACGAAAACCCCCGAAGCAAAGAUUGCCACUAGCCGAAGCUGCAGAGCCUAUAUCUAAAAAAAUCAAAGUCGAAUCAGAAUCUACUCUGACCGAUCAAGCUUCUACUGAAAAUUCGAACAUUUUGAAUAUUUCCGAUUCAAUUUUGACUGGAGAUUUGAACUUAAUUCAGAGCACAAAGACAGAAGUUGAUUCAUUUUUACAAGAAGAUUCAAAUAAUCCAAAUGAAAAAACGACUGAUCCCGAAGACGCUGGAGAGCCUGCAGUUUCUGAAAAGCCUCUGGAUCCUGAAACCGUGCGGAUGAAUUUAUUUACCUCUUUAUUUCUUGCCAAGGAAGACAUAAAGAUGUCUUUGUCCUGGUGUCGUCGUCAAACCUACAAAUAUGUUCCAUGUAUCGAACUGUCGCAGUGUCAGGCACGAUUAGUGAAGGGGAGAAUGAAAUUUGUGACUACGAAACAAAUCACUAUCUCCAGUUACAUGCGAAUUGGAGCCGAAGUUUUAGGUAUACCGUUGCCCUUAGAUAAGCUUGGAUUGGCUGAAACUUACGUUUCCUCAACCAACGAAUUGGAGAUGUUGAUGAGAAAUUUUGAAAGUCUGAAAGUUUGUUCAGGAUUUGCAAUCGCGUCCAUAGAUUCUGUGAAAAAUGUGGCGAACUCUUUUGUGAUACGAGAUCCAGCGGGAUAUUUGCGUCAUCUAAAGUGUUCCUUGGUGAUUCCUAUCUCAACGAAAAGUUUGUCCUGUGAAAUUUGCACAAGUGGAAAGAGAAUCCUCAGUGAAAAGAUUAGAAGAUUGCAAAAAAGGAGUGAGCAAUAGGAUAGUACAAAAUGCAUAUCACCCGGAAGUUUAUUCGAAUCCAGAAAAAAA